UUUCAACAACAUUUCUAUACAAAGCCUGAUUUGAUCGUGCGUGACAGGUAUUGCUUCAUCUGGGUUGAGGCGGAUUCACGUUUUUCUGCCAUACCUGACUUUAUUAGAAAUUGGAGAGUUCAAAAUCGGUUCUAAAUCCAAUCUGAGAUCAGGUGAUAACAUGCAGUUGUUACACGUCAAAUUGCUAAUAGCAAUGGUGUUCAUCGCAAUUGUGACCUUUUUGAUGAAAUCAAUGGAAAUGCAGAUGAAAACUCAACCGAGCUUUAAAAGAAUCUUUCCAUCAAGAAACCCUUGGGAUGGCGUUCCUGAGUUUGUGCUAUACUUGAGAUUAACCUCUAGUCCGCGUUUUGAGCAAGAGUAUAAAAAUUAUUUGGUUCGCACUAUGAAGCUUUUCUUUCCACCCGAACGAGCAAAACUUUUAGUUGUAUUGGACAACGAAAAGAAAAAAGACCAUUUGCUAUGGGACAAAAUAAAAACAGAAUGGCCAUAUCCACAAAUAUGCUACAGAGAUCCAAGUUCCAUCAAUGCAUACCGCGGAUGGGGCAAGGCCAGAAUGUUUUGGGACAUGAUGUAUCCCGAUAAAUGUACCAAUGUAUCUUAUGUGGGGUAUGUCGAUACUGAUACAUUUUUUAGCACCUUAGUAACACCACAGUUGUUAUUUGACAAUGGAAAACCAAUUAUUAUUGCAAAAAUUGGCCAAGUUCCGUUCAAAUGUUGGGCUGAGACAACUGAACUGUUUUUCGGUAAAAAAGAAGUUAUGCAGUGCAUGUCAACUUUCCCUGUUAUGAUAAGAACGGAGCAUAUGUCAAAAAUGAGAGAAGUCCUUGGAAGAAAUCAUAGCAUGGAUUUUGAUUCAGUUUUUAAAAACACUCCAGGCACAAUGGCUUGUCUUUGUCAGUUUAGUAUAAUGUGCAAUUAUGUUUGGUACUAUCACAGAAAUGAGUACUCAUGGCGCUUGCAGAUGGUCCCAAAUGGUGACUGGAGAGGAGAAAAUUUGUUUGCCAGUCAAGUGUCGCCAGAUUAUUAUCGGACUAACGUACCCCCAGAGAUGACGAUACCAAUGCCGCGCUCAUCAAUUCACCUGAGGUACACAAUAACAAAUGGUCAGUCCUAUCUUUCAGACGUUCCUCCAAAGGAAUAUAUCGAAGAUUUUAUUAAAGAAGGACUUUGUUACUCAGCUGGAUUUGAUGUCUGUCCGGAAAGUUGCAAAAAAUGGAACCAGGCAAAGAUACAUUACCAUCUUUAUUCAUUUGAAUUAUAUCAAUGGUUUUGGGACAAAAGGUGCAAGGAAGAGCAAGACAAGCAUUACAGAAAAGUCAAAGAGCUUGUUCGCUACUAUGCUUCUUCAAAGAUGGAAGUUUUUGGACUUUCGUCUCUAGAUCAACUAUGUACCAUAUUAUGAAAAUAUUUAUUAUUUACCAUUUGACGGCGACAAAUUUUGCACUUCUUCUUCUUAUUCGCUGUUGAUAUUUCUUCAGCUUGCUAUAAAUCAAUCAUAGAUGAAAUGUUAGUAUGUUGAAGGUAUUCACAGACGGCUUGCUAUUGGGUUAUUCCGCUUGUUCCUGCUUUGUUACUGGGUUUUUUCGCUUGUUCCUAGGCUGUUCCGCUUGUUCCUUGUUUGGAUAUAAAUUUAUCAUCGCCUUUUUUCAACUAAUUGAUUUCAGGAAAACGAGUAUAAAUUUCAAAGAAAAGGGGAAUCAAAUUGGAAUCAAAUAUCAGAUAGAAGUGUCAAUUUUCUGGACCCUCAGACACCGGUGCUUACAUUUGAUAGUGUGAUAUACCACGCCGGGGGUGUUGUAUCAAAUAACAGGCAAUUUGCAGGGUAAAAUUUGAAUUUCUUUUAUAAGAACAAGUUUUGUUGUAAUAUUGACAAAACAAGAAAUUUUCAAGAGCACAAUUUUUCCUAUCAACAACAGGAUUUUGUGAAAUAUUGAAUAAACAAGCAAGUUUUCAAGUGCAAGCUUUUCUCUCAGCAACAAGUAAGGUUGCAAUAUUGAAUAAACCAGAAUGAACAGGCAAUUUUUAUUGCAAAGUUCCAACCAUCAGCAACAGGUUUUUGUGUGAUUUUGACAAAACAGGAAAUUUUCAAGAGUGAAAUUCCAUCAGCAAGGGAUUUUGGUGAAAUACUGAAUGAACAGGCAAGUUUCAGGGUACAAGUUCUUCCAUCAGCAACAAGUUAUAGUAUGAUCAGCAUCAUAAUAGUAGGAUUCUCCAUCGAUAAGGGUCGGUCUUUGGUUUUCAAUCACAAUUUUGGUUUACAAUUGCUCAGCCACACGCAUGUGAUCCCUGUAACAGUUCAUAAACAAUAUAUCUCUCGGAAAUAGCUUCAAUUGAUUUUUCUCACUCCCUUGCAGCAAUGUUUCACAGCUUACCAGGCAGCAGUGCCUCAACAAAGUAGAAACUGAAUUUAUUUUUUCCUGAUUAAGAAUUCCCAUAUAUUUCAUAAAUCUGAUUGGACGAAAUUCAAAAUUUCCUCAGAGUCUCCUACACUUAUUUUGCAUGUAUUCUACAGACCCCAAAGGCUGGAAUCUAACGUAUUGACCACCACCUUUGAAAGAGCCCUUUUUCCCAACUGAAUAAGCACCCAACCAAAACAUUUUUUUAAAAUUGUCCUCCCUUGAAGAAUCUCAAAUGAGGAUUAAGGCGAAUUUAGUAAUAGACUUUUAUUUCGUAUUUUUCUCAGAUGUAUCGAAGUUGUCACUCAUUCAGCGUAAUUUCGAAAAAUAUGGCUGUUCUUGCUAUUUUCAAGUCCUGUCCAACCUCAAAUAAGCAAAUAAAGUAGACUUGGUAGUAUUUUGUGCUGCUGCUGCUAAAUAAGCCUACUUUCAAAAAGUGUCAAACCUUGAAAGAUAUUUUAGCAAAUAGGCCAAAGUAAGCAUAUUCGAGAGCCUAGCGACUUGCUUUUUAUCCACAACUUUCCAGCACUGUCCUUCUUUAUAUGGUUUAAAUACGAUAUUUAGCAGUUUAAAAAAAUAAUUUGCAAACAAAUAGUUUCUAUCUUCCCUUAGAGGAACAUUGCCAACUAACUUGGCGUAAUUUUUUGUAAUAUUUGCCAGUAAGCAUUAUCUGAAAAAAUCUGCAAAGCAUUUUCCUCCAAAAUGUACAAAACAAUUCUGCCAAAAUUUUUGCAAAAAAAUCUUUACAAGAUCUGUGGCAUAAAAGGUGACAAUCAAUCUGCGUUGCUAACUCUAAAAUUUCCCCAACGAUUGUUCUGAUGCCACAAAGGAUA